CUCCACUACCAACGCUUCUGUCAAGAUGCUCGCCCGCUCUGCCGCCCGUGCUACUUCCAUGACCUCUCAGGUCGCCCGUCGGGGCUUCCACACUACCCGGGCCCAGAUGUCCAGCCCUUACCACUACCCUGAGGGUCCCCGCAGCAACAUUCCUUUCAACCCUCUGACCAAGUUCUUCGCCGUCCGAUACUGGACCUUCAUGGCUGUCGGCUUCGGUGCUCCUUUCGGCAUUGCUGCCUGGCAGACUUACAAGAACCAGUAAAUGGCUGGGAUCGGGAUGGGGGAGAUGAUAGAGGCGGCGUAUCAGCGUUGGACGCCCCAUGGGUAGGGUUGCGUUGGGAUCAAUAUGAUAGUCAUCC